CUGGUCUCUCCUUCAUCCAGACCUUUGGCGAUCUGUCUAUUAAUCUGUGAUAUCGAUACAUGCUGAUAUCGAAAGCUGAAAUAUCGAUAUUUUAAUUAAAAAAUAUCGAUAUUUCAAAUAUCGCCCAUCCCUAAUGGCGGCUAUAAACACACGUGUGUGAAAAUGGAAGAUAUACAUUUAUAAAUUUAUAUUUAUAUUUUGAACAUGUAACAUAUAUGUAACAUGUAGUUAUUUUUAAUAUCAUAAAAUGUCUCAGGACAAUAUAGUUGGUAUUGACAUUCUCUUGGAGUUUUUAGAAGUAGCAUUCAAUCAGAUACUAUUUUGUCGCAAAAUCUAUCCCAAGGAAAUAUACGUCAAAAGAAAGAUAUAUGGAAUUACAGUACAUGUAUCGGAACAUCCAGAAUUGAAUGAGUACUUGUCAAAUAUUCUGAACGCAAUCAGGGAAUUGAUAAAGGAAGAUGAAAGCAGUAUUAAAACCAUCAGCCUUACCUUCUACAACGAGAACAAAUUGCCAAUAGAAAAAUUUGUCUUUGAUAUAAUUAAAUUGCAAGCAGAAUUUGUAGAGAAAGAUCCAUAUUAUUUAAAGACAGAAGAAGCAGUGAAGACAAUCUGUUUGAAGCUAUCGAUGUGUGAUACAUAUUUAAAACCUCUCCCUGAUGGGUCAACAUUUUCUAUUGAAAUUCAGACUUGCGAAACUGCACAUAUUAUCCUGAGCGAGAAUCCAAAAUGCGAAGAUUUUCCAUGGAUCGUUGAAGAUGGAGAUGUAGAGAUGACUAAUAAAACUCUGUUGCCCUUGAAGAAUAUUAAAACUGAUUGUUUAAACUUGCAGAUGUAUGUGAUUGAGGAUGCAACAAAUAAAACCUAAGAUUUAAGCAAAAAAUUAA